AUGUCAAGUGCGGCGGCGGCGUGUACGGCGUGUACACGCGUACACGUCCGCGUUCGCCGACUCCAUCCAAACAUGGCUGUCCAUGCUGUCUUAAAGGAGACCCUGAUGUCAGGCUGUCAACAGCCCGGCCCCGACCUCCCCCGACACGAACGAAACAUGAAGAUAGUGGUAACUUUACGGCGGAACUCCCCCUUCCCAGGACAUCGGACGGUAGACUAA